AUGCCACCACCACCACAACCACCGCCCCCUCACCAUCAACGAUCUCCACCGGGAGCUUCUUCCUCCUCCUACCAUUCAUCACGCAGCUACCCCGUCUCCCCAUCCGCAGGCGCAGGCGGCGGCGCUCCAGCUACAGGUCACCCUCUACCACCUCUCAGGCCACCCUCUCGCACCUCAAUGGACGAUCCAGCACGAGACCGUUGGAGACCUCCACCUCCAGCUACAGCCCCCUCGCCUCGAUCCGACGUUAUGAACAUGAAUUCGCUUCUAGGCCCACCUGGUGCUCCCGAGUCCGAUCCCAGGCACAUGAUGUACGAUCGCGAACGCGAAAGAGCACCGCGCAGCGACCGUGAACGAGAAUGGGAAUGGGAGCGAGAACGAGAGCGAGAACGCGAGCGCGAGCAGUGGGAGAGGGAGAGGGAGCGCGAAAGAGAUCGUGCUCGUGCUGGGCCUGUCUACCCCGGUGGACCUUCUUCUCGCACUGCACCUCCACCUAAUCCACAACCUCACCCUAGUGGCGGCCGUCGCUCUCCCAUCCCGCCUUAUGGACAUCCUUCUACGAGUCCAUCUUCUCAAUCCGCGCCUCCUCGUCGCAAGUGGAGCGACUCGGACGACGCUGCUUCUGCCUACCACAGAGAACGCGAAUGGGAGCGCGAGCGAGAAUACGAAUUCGAACGCGAACGCGAGAUGCGGUGGAGAGCCUCCCAACGACCUGGUGCUGGCCCGGACAUGCCACCCACACAGCACGGCCGCGCUCCCAGUGGCGAGAUGCGAUACGCCGUCGGUGGCCCGCCCUCCGGGGUGCCCGGCGAGCCCUCUCGCAGCCCUCGCGACCCGUACGCUUCCUCUGUGCCAAUCCGCAGAAGCCCUGUCCCCGGUCACGCAAGUCGCUCCGGCUCCGGUCCUGUCAGUGGCCGCGUCCGUGAGCCAAGCGCAGACGUUCCUCUCGCUGCCAUGGGUCCCGAGAGCUCUCCUCGACACGCACCCUACCUUGGCGCCGGAGGUCCUUACGACGAUCCCAGGGCUGGGUCUAUGCCCCCAGGAGGCCACGGCGGCAUGCUUCCCCCUGCUGUCCGCUCGCCCGAACGCAUGCGUGCACCCCUUUCGUACGGCCCAUACGAUGGCCCCGUGUCCGAGCGCGAGCUGAUGCAGCGCGACCGAGAGCGUGAACGGGAUCGCGAGAUGAUGGCUGGUGAUCGAUAUGGUCGACGCAUGCAUGGCGAACCCAUGAUCAUGGACGAUCCCGUCUACGACCGCUACGGACCCCGAGGCCCUCCUUCUGGUCUCCUCGGCCCUCCUUCCUCCAAAUCGGCCAGCGCUAGAGCGUACGACGAUCGCGGUCCUCCGCCUCCUCUGCCUUACCCGCCUGCUAGCCCCACACAGAGCCGUGACGGCGAUCGACGCAAGGACAAAGGCAAGCCUGCUGGCUCGCAGUCGAGUGCCAGCGCCAACGCCUCGCGCGAAUCAUCGGUGCCAGCACAAUCUCGACCUGGUGGCUAUGCCGGUCGCGCAGAUGAACGAGGUGGCCCGCUGCCGCCGCCUCACUUUGACCCAGAGCGCCAUCCUCGCCAGGGCCCUCCGCCUCCCAUGGGUGGGGCUGUUCGCGAGUCGUCCGCAAAGCUCGACUCUGUGCCGCGUCGAGUGCCUCUCUCUCCCACCAGCGAGCGCGGGGUUCCUUCGUUCCGCGAUGCGCAGGCUCAUCGUGGUCCGUCGAUGCCGCCCUACGGGGGACCGGGUACCUCUGACCGAGACUUGCGUGAGCGCGAUCGCGAGAUGGCACUCCAACGGGAACGCGAGUUUGAAGCAGAGCACGAACGCGAGCGUCUGCGUCAGAGGGAGAGGGAGCAGCGCGAACGCGAACUCGAGCUCGAGCGCGAAAGGGAGCGCGAGAUGGAACGCGAACGUGAACGAGAGCGGCUGCGCAUCGAGGAGCUGGAGCGAGAACGACAACGGGAGAGGGAGAGGGAGCUCGAACGCGAGCGAGAGCGCGAAAAGGAGAAGGAACGCGAGAAGGAGAAGGAACGCGAACGCAGGGAACGUCGUCGCGAGAAGCAGCAGGCGGACAAGAUGGCUGCGUUGGAGCGCGAGAAGGAGCGAGAGUUUCAAGCGCAAGCACAGGCACAAGCACACGCUCAAGCCCAUGCCCAUGCUCACGCCGCUGCUGCUGCCGCUGCCGCCGCAGGAAUGCACCCAGGCGCACUCGGCGAAUUGCCGCCUCACAUCCGCCCCCCACCUGCCAGUCUCGAGGAAGCACUCAUCGCAACAGCACAGCAGCAGGCAGCCGCCUACGGACGUCCGCCCAACAUGGCCGAUUUUCACGCUGCGGCCGCGGCCAUCGGGUAUCCGCCGGGCAUGCCGCUGCCUCCUGCGAUUCAUCCGGCCAUGUUUGGUGGAGGUGGCGGGAUGGGGCCUGGUGCGGAAGCGUUGGUGCCGCACCAGCCGCAUGUGAUCCGGGAUCCGAAUGCGGGGCCGAGGGUGGACAGUGAGCCGGUGUGGCUGUACCUGGAGUUGUGCGAGCGGGAUGAGGCGAUUCGGAGGGCGGAGAGGUUGCCGUUGGAUGUGUUUGCGGGAGAGAAGGAGGGGCAGGGUGCGGAUGAGGUGACUGGACAAGCUGCUGCGGUUGCUGCCGACGCCGCUGCUGCACCUGCGACCGAGGAUGCUGGUGAGACGGCGGCAGCUCCUCCUGCCUCCAACGUGGACGCCGGAGCGACAGCUCCGCAACCCGACGAAGCAAUGCCAGCCGCAUCGAGUGCCGACGCGUCCGCUCCCGUCGCCAAACAGACUCCUACUUUGCCCAUCGUGGAGACCCCAAUCGACCCGCUUCCCCGCCAUCUCAUCGGCAUGGACAAAGGCCGUCCCGUGCGCCACCUCGGCUCGUGGAUCUACGACCCCACCGUCGACCCGCUCUUCCCCGCCGAGCUGCUCGCGCGCAAUGUCGGCUCCACACUCGAAGUGCGCAUCCCUGGCGACCUGCUCAGCUGCGGCAGCCGCGGCACUGGCCCGCACUGGGACGCGUACCGCAAAUUGGAGGCCGAGUGUUUGGGCAGGUGCGAGGUGGGCGAUGCGUUGAAGGAGGUGUUGGAGGCGGAGGCGGGUAAGAGUGCGUUGAACGGGGUGGGAAAUGGGUGGAAGCUGGGAUGGAGGGGGAAGGAGCAUGCGAGGAUGAGUCUGGAGAUGCGCGUGGAAGAGAAGGUGGCGGAGGCGCAAUUGUUUGGGGUGAAGCUCCCAGCUGCGAAGGAGAGGGAGGCGCAGAGCGAGGAGGGGAAGAAGGAGGCCGAUGUCGCGGUUGUUGAGGAGGGAGAGGCGGCGAAACAGGGCGCAAGUGGUAAUGAGGGCAAUGAUGCCGCUGCUGCUGCUGAGACGGCGCAAGCUGCGGGUGGGGAGAGCGGCUCGCCGUGGCGGUUCUGGCGACUCAACCCGCUGCUGCGUCGCAAGCUGUGGGGCACCGACGUGUACACCGACGACUCGGACGUGCUCGCCAUGUGCGUGCACGCAGGCUGGGUCGAAGGGCCCUCGCUCGAAGCGGAAGGAAUCCCCGCCUGGGUGCCUCCCGGACGUGCCGCUCGCGCAUGGAACGGUCUCACCGCCUCCUCCGCUCCCUCCUCCGCCCCCUCCGACCCGACACAGCCAGCGAGGGCGGCGGCGACCAACUCGUGCGACCUGGCGGUGAUCCUGCGCAUCGCGCCCAAACUCAUUGCGUACAAGGGCUGUCAGCGGGGCGGCAUCAAGUCGCGGUCCUGGGGCAACUCGCACGACGGCGUGUCGCUCGUCGUCGAGAGUGUCGAGCUCAAGCAGCCCGGGUAUGCGCAGUCCAAGGGCAGGCGCUCGGCCAAAGAGAGGAUCGAUCAGCUGGCCGGGUACAGGUCGGUGGUGGAGGGUGGCAGGGAGAAGGGUGGCGACAAGCGCGUGGAUCUCAAGGUCAUGUUGCACGAGACGAGCUUGAUUCCGUUGUCGGCCGUGGUAGGGUUGGGUGAGGGCGGAGGCGAGGGCGAGGAGAGGGGGAGGUUGUUUUGGGAGUAG